AUGUCGAUCACGCAUAUUGUUCUCUUCCAGUUCAAAGCCGGCAUUGAGCCUGAAGUUAUCAAAGACACAUGUGAUCGUAUGCUUGCCUUGAAGGGUAACUGUCUGCAUCCGACGUCCCAAAAGCCAUACAUCACGACAUCAUCCGGCGGUGCCGAUAACUCGCCUGAAGGUAUCCAGAAUGGCAUUACUCAUGCUUUUGUUGUUGAAUUCGCCAGCGCCGGAGACCGGGAUUACUAUACCCACAAGGACCCGGCCCAUUUAGCAUUCAUUCAAAGUCUGGGUGGCGUGAUUGAAAAGGCACAGGUCAUUGAUUAUACACCCGGGGUCUAUUGA